AUGCCCGGCAUUGACACCACCAUUCGGUCUGUUGCGACUGCCUCUUUCCUCGACUCGAGGUCAAGUCUGCCGUAUCCAAACUUCUCCAAGGCACAUAGUAAGGAGGAUGUGCGCCAUACAAUUCCCACCCCCGACCCAACGGACCUCACGGAAGUGACCGAGACUCCGAAGACGAGUGGGAAAACAAAUGGCGUGAGUCAGAAUCGCGAGAACCACCAUGCUCCUCCUCCCAGCCCACCGUUGACGGGUCUCUCUGACCAACCGUCUCGGAAGGGUACACCAGUAGAGGAGCGGGAGGAGAAGACGAAGACGAAGAAGACAAACAUCAAGAUACGGACAACAGAGGUCAACCGAUCGUCAUCCAGCCUUCGGUCGAAGAAGGACGACGGUGUCAAGUCUAGCAAAUCACAAACAGAUAGUCCCAAGACCAAGUCAUCCAGAACAGAGAAGGAAAAGGCCGAAAAAGAAAAGUCGUCACCGCGGGCAAGCCAUAAACCAUCCAAAUCCAAGUUGUCGGACGAGAAGAAAUUGCCGAAACGAUCAAGCCGGUCAACGAUAUCACCCGUCUCUCCCUCAGCAUCGAACGUGACGGCCCGAGAAAUAAUUGUGGAAUCGAUAAAUGGAUCUGAUGCCACAUCUAUCGCUCCAAAUCAACAGUAUAACCUGCCACGGAAACCCCCUACCCCUCCGAUAAAACCUCCGUCCCGAAAUCAGACACGCUCAGCAGCAUCCCAUCGCCACGCCCUUAGUGAGGAGUCAAUCGAGUAUGGAAGACAGACAACGUCUGGCCCAUCAUACGGAGCACCGCCCCCGCCUCCACCCCCGCCCGAAGUACCUAUUUCCAUCCCUAGAGUUGACUACUUGCUUCAAUAUGGUGGACUGGAGCAACGAGUACCGCGUACCCUCCUCAUUCCACCUUCUACAUUCGACCCUUUCUCUCAGCAGGGCACUCAGCCUCAGCAGUCAGCUGCUAAAGUAUUUGACCCUUUCAAUCGCCUUCUCGAUGACUACACGAAGGUUAUGGGCAAGAGCGGAUCGCUUGCCGUAGCAACUGGAUAUCGAUCAGUCGCACGUCGGCUUCUAGAUCGUCUUGAAGCUGUAUUUGCGCGUGACAUAUCCUCAGAACCCUGCAACUGUCAAAUGUGUGACCAUGAUGAGUCAGAAGAGCGCCCAUCUGGAGUGAGCUGGGGAGAGGUCCUAGAGCUUGUAUCUGGUCGUCGUGAAUUACCGAUGUGGCCGCCAUUCAAAAUGGCUGCAUCAACCGUAGAUGCGGAUAUGUCGGGCGAAGAGCAUAUACCAAUGCAGAAGCUCGAUGUCGAUGUCCCCGAGGAAUAUCGCGACCACUUCAUCCGACAAUCUCGUAAAACCAAGGUUGCCGUAGACAAAUGGCUCUCCGAGCAGACAACCGAACAAUCUACCAGCGCUCCGCACGAAGUGGAUGACGAGACACUAACCUUUUCCAUGCUUACCUACCUGGAGUCUUAUCAACGGUCUUUGUUCUGCGCCCUCCUCGGCAUCAAUUCGGCAACUCCCGUUCCUCGAUCCGAUGACAAAGCACCACGAACAAAGCCCUCUGCCAUUGUCUCAUCUUCGCUAGCUAUUCAGCGGUUGUACAGGCUACAAUCGCUUCCCCGCGAUCCUGAAACUGCUAUGUUCAUGUUGAAUAAUCAUCAUUUGCACCACGUUCUUUCUACUCUUGCAGCUAUCACCGAUGAUGAGUGGGACAUUCUCAUCUCUGGUCGCUUCGAUGGCUUCCUGCGCAGUGGUGCUGAAGAUUCUCUACCUCCUUCGAACCCUCGCUGGACCGGAUCCCGCUCCACCACCCCUGGCAAUGGAGCUAUUCCCCGUGGUACAACACCUAAUUAUAUGGACUCCAGCUUCCGACCAACUAGCCAGCCAAAUGGUGGCCCGCCGUCCCCCUCCUCUUAUGGAGGGCCUAUCGCCCUGGACGAGGAAACAGAAAUAGCAGCAUUAGCCGAGAUUGAACGGGAUAUCUUCCUAGGAAUGGAGGCCCUAGAAGAUGCUUUCGAGGCGCUCCAUCUCAAAGCUGAGGUUGUCCGCCGCGCACUACGAGAACGUGGUGCAGGCUUGUCCGUUGCCAACCAGAGCCGGCGUGGCUCAUAUGUCGAAGCACGCCUGGGCACACCAUUUUCUGGAGCAGGCCCAUGGGAAAGCGGCGAUGACGACUUCUUAGAGGACGACCGAGGCUCCCUGGCUCCAGAUGACUCGGCCAGCAACAUCAGCUCCAACCGCCGGCGUCGACCAAAGAGACGCUCAGAAAGACGCACUCCCGCACCAGUCGAGGAAGAAGACGAAGAAGACUCCCAGUCCGGUCGACGUGAACGCAACUCAAGGCGGAGAUAG